AUGUCAAAAUAUUUAUAUUCCACGAUUCAAAACCAGGUUCUAAUAUGUUACAAUUUAGGAGAGAAAGUAUAUCAUGCUUAUGGACAUGGAAGAGGAGGAUUUCAAGCAAGCUACGGAACGGCAUGUAAAGUAUUAGAAUCAAUCAAUGAUCACAAAUUCUCGGAAUUUUGUCUUUCAAAAAAACCUUUUGCAAGUUCUUGUUGUUACAGUGACUCAGACUUCGAAACUUCAAUUGUUCGCUUGAUUAGAGGUCAGCAGCAACUUUGUUGA